AUGGCUCGACCACGGCCGCGGGAAUACAAGGCAGGAGAUGUGGUUUUCGCUAAGAUGAAGGGAUACCCGAACUGGCCAGCGAGGAUUGAUGAGCUUCCAGAGGGAGCUGUCAAACCACCUGCCAACAAGUAUCCCAUCUUCUUCUUUGGGACCCACGAAACUGCAUUUUUAGGCACCAAGGAUCUUCUGCCGUACAAGGAGUAUAAGGACAAAUUUGGCAAGUCCAACAAGAGGAAAGGCUUCAAUGAGGGCCUGUGGGAGAUCGAGAACAACCCCAGAGUCAAGUUCACAGGCUAUCAGGCCAUCCAGCAACAGAGUUCAUCAGAGACAGAAGAGGGGGGGAACACUGCUGAUGGCAGCAGUGAGGGCGAGGAGGGUGACUCUGUUGAGGAGGAAGAUGACAAGGAAAAGCUGAAGGGAGAUAAAACCGGAUCCAAACGGAAAAAAACUGCCCCCUCCAAGAAGUCCUCCAAGCUGUCAAGGAUCUCAUCUGCAGAGGAUGACCUGCAGAAAGACAGGAAAGAUGAAGACCAGAAGAGCGGCUCAGAGGGAGAAGACCCUGAGAACGACAUCAUCCAAAAUACCACAGACAGUAAGAACGUGCUGCUCAUAGAAGAACAUUAAGAAAGGAAAGCAUGAAAGGGAAUCAUUCUUUGUAG